AUGAUUAAAUUACAAUAUAAUCAAAGUAUAACAUAUAUGGUCCUUACAGCUUCUCGGUUUUUUCAAGCUGUGACAUUUAAAAUAACAGUAAAUAUUCUAAUACUAAUACGAUCAAUGAGACAGCAGGCUAAGAGAAGUAUCGUAAUUCAAAGAAGUAAAAGGAAAAGAAAAUUGGUUGAGAUUCUUCGAGAUUAUAUAACAAAUUGUGCCCUCUUAUAUAUGCAAGAUAGUGAUAAUUAUGUUAUGAGAGUUAACUUAGGGAGUUCCAUUUAUUCCUAUCAAAUGAUAACAAAAAUUCCAUGCAAGAAUAUGCCGGGUUAUAGAAAAGAAACAUUAAAGGAUUUUACUCCAUUUAAUUAUUCAAUUCCAGUUAAAAGAGAUGUUAAAAUAAAACCAAUCAGUAUUCUACCUAAUAGAUUUAAAUUUGUUGGAUUACCAUCUACUAAAACUUCAAAUAAUUUGGAUAAUAUUUAUUUAUGA